GCAGGCCCGGCAGGCCACCUCCGCCCUGCCCUGCUGUGGCCUCCCUCUACCCCUAAGGUCGGGUGGGGACAGGCUGGGGUCAGCAGUCAGCUCCAUGGACAGGGACCUGCCUCUGCUCACCUGCCAGCUUUGGAAAGAGAAGAAGAAAGGUUGGUGUUGAUUUGCACUUGGGGGAUCCUUCCCUGGCCUCAACUUCCGAUUCCAGCUUGGACUGACUCCCGGAGGGACAGAAUAUUUCCCCAGAUGUUCCAGCUGUGACCCUGCCCACCCCCUUGAUGGGACCGUCUGAAAGGCCGUCCGCUGGCUGGGUGCACAAGGAAGCAGAGAUUCGAAUCAGAAUCCUCGGGCCCCAGGUGGAUGAGAUGAGCAGGGGCUGGAGACCUGAGGAUGGGGGUGCUGCCCCUUCGCCCCUGCCCCCAGCCCUGUCCUUCCUCCUCCUCCUGCCUCUGGCCAGCGCCCUGCAGCCCACUCUGCUGCCCUUGCCAGAGUUGAGGCUGGUGGGGGGCCCAAGCCGCUGCCGCGGGCGCCUAGAGGUCCUGCACAGUGGCUCCUGGGGCAGCGUCUGUGACGAUGACUGGGACGUGGUGGAUGCCAAUGUGGUGUGUCGUCAGCUGGGCUGUGGCCUGGCACUGCCCGUGCCGAGACCCCUCGCCUUUGGCCAGGGCAGGGGCCCCAUCCUGCUGGACAACGUGGAAUGCCGUGGGCAAGAGGCGGCGCUGAGCGAGUGUGGCAGCCGGGGCUGGGGUGUCCACAACUGCUUCCACUACGAGGACGUGGCCGUCCUGUGUGACGAAUUCUUGCCCACCCAGCCACCAGCAAGGAAGAAGUUAAUCAGCAGAGCGCCCCCUACAACUCCUCAGAAUGGGAAAGGCGAGGGCAGUGUGCGCCUAGUUGGGGGCACGGGCCCGUGUCAGGGCCGAGUGGAGAUCCUGCACGGCGGCCUGUGGGGCACGGUGUGCGACGAUGACUGGGGGCUGCCGGACGCCGCCGUGGUUUGCCGCCAGCUGGGCUGCGGAACGGUCUUGGCCGCCACCACCAACGCCUUCUUCGGUUAUGGCACGGGGCACAUCCUGCUGGACAACGUGCACUGCGAAGGCAGCGAGCCCCGCCUGGCCGCUUGUCAGAGCCUUGGCUGGGGCGUGCACAACUGCGGCCACCACGAGGACGCGGGCGCGCACUGCGCAGUCCUGGGCCCCCCAACUCUCACAGCACUGCCACCCUCGGCCACAAGAGAGGAUGGGUCCUGGCACACAGAGCCAGCAGCUACAGGAGCUGGUGCUCAGCCCUCCGGGGAGCCCACACUGCUCACCACGGCGGCCUGGGCCGCGGGGAGCCGCGGCCGCGUGGAGGUGCUGUACGCCGGGGGUUGGGGCACCGUGUGCGACGAUGACUGGGACUUCGCGGACGCGCGCGUGGCCUGCCGCGAGGCGGGAUGCGGGCCUGCGCUGGGCGCCACGGGCCUCGGCCACUUCGGCUACGGCCGCGGCCCCGUACUGCUGGACAACGUGGGCUGUGCGGGCACCGAGGCCCGCCUGAGCGACUGCUUCCACCUGGGCUGGGGCCAGCACAACUGCGGCCACCACGAGGACGCCGGCGCGCUCUGCGUAGGCCCGGAAGAGCUGGGAUUCCAAGUCCAGCAGGAUGGUUCUGAGACCACCCGGGUGCCCACUCCUCGGCCCAGGGAUGGGCACCUGCGUCUGGCCAGUGGAGUCCACCGGUGCGAGGGCCGCGUGGAGCUCUUCCUAGGGCAGCGGUGGGGUACCAUUUGUGAUGAUGCCUGGGACCUGAGAGCGGCCAGUGUCCUGUGCCGCCAGCUGGGCUGUGGCCAGGCCCUGGCAGCCCCUGGCGAGGCCCACUUUGGCCCAGGCCGAGGCCCCAUCCUCCUGGAUAAUGUCAAGUGCCGCGGGGAUGAGAGCACCCUGCUGCUCUGCUCCCACAUCCGCUGGGACGCCCACAACUGUGACCACAGUGAGGAUGCCAGCGUCCUGUGCCAGCUGUCAUGACCCAGCUGGCUCUGCAGACCACCUCUUUGGGGAGCCAAGUGUCACCUGGUCCUCCUCUUCCAGGAAGCCCUCUUUCUCCAGGAAGUUGUCCUCCACUAGGAGGGCCUCCUCCUGUGACUUUUGCAGUUCAAGCAGCCCCUCUUUCCCCGUGCCUAGAAGAGAGACUGCCCAGGCAGCGUGGUCCUGCACGGGGACCUGUACCCCAUCGACUUCAUUAUGUGACCUCAGCCUUUCAUCAGCUGUUGAGGGCCCUGCAUCUGACAGCCCAUGCAGCCAAUACAGAAAAUAGAGGAGAGCAGAUCAACUCUUCUCUUCCUGAGCGCUCCUAUUCCAGCACUCCUGACCCUCCCUACCUGGAUCCUGACCCAGGGGGCUCAGUGGCUCUCUGCAAAUGGGGUUCUCCCCUUCCCCUCGCCUAUCUUGGGAGCCACAAGAAGAGGUAGGCAAGAGGGACGCACAGCCCUCCCCUUAGACUCUCAGGAGCUGUGGAAGAACCUGGGUCGUCGCCCUGCCCCUCCCUGUGAGGGCCUGGACUCAGAUGGUGCUCAGCUGGACAAGGGGGCUGGAGGGGCCAAAGCAGGGACAGCAGUCCCUCCCUGCAGCUGGAACCAGCAUCUGACUUCUACUCCCCCACCACAGAGCCUCCACUUUGCAAUGGCAAAGAAGCCUGGGGCCUGUAGCCACCCGUUCAUAGGUGCCAAGUCAAUAAAGCAUUGUCCCCGUCUUUUCACUGAG